AUGGCGAUGGUGACGCCACUGCGUCUCCAGCUGCGGGUUCCCUCCGCCGCGGUGACGACGGCUGUCAGGAAGCCAUCUCCUCUCGCUCCAUUCCUCGAUUUUCCCCCGAUUCCGCGCGGCCUCCGCCUAGGGGCAGUAUAUUCCGGUUUCAGCGGCGGCGAUCUUUUCCUAAUUUCUCUCCGGGGGAGGCGGCGGCAAUCCAGAGCAGCCGGCGCUCCGACGGACGCAAGGUGCUGUAGCACCACGGCUGGCAGUGGCAGCAGUUGGUGGGAGGACUUCCGGGUGUCCCGAUCCGCAUUUCCCGCCACUCGCCUCAGCGACGUCAUAUGGCCUUCUGCAGGUCUCCAUUGCCUUUUUCUCCAAUUCGAUGCUUGUAAUUCGGAUCACCGGUCACAUAAAAUUUUGAAGGCGCCUGGGUUGUGCUUAUCUUGUGCAGGUGCAUUCCUGGCGAUGGCGCUUCUUGGAAAAAUGGACCAGAUGAUAGCCCCAACGGGCUUGUCGUUUACCAUUGCACCCCUCGGUGCUGUAUGUGCUGUGUUGUUCGCAACGCCCGCUACUCCAGGGGCGCGGGUAUGGCUCUCUUUUUCUCUCUUUUUUUUGCUCAUAUAUCUUAUUGUGUCAGAAAUGUUCCGAUGCCCGUUGAUGUGCCCUGCGUGCUGAUAUCUUCUUGGACAUUGUUUUCUAGCUGUGAUUAGAUUUAUUUUCGCCGAACAUUUAUUCCCUUCGUCAAAAUGGAUAGAACCCAUGCUGAGUAUGGGAGUAGAUGGUUAUAAGAGCUAUGUGCUCCUACAUGAAUAUCCAUUGAGGUUCUGGAGUAACUAGUAAAAUCGUUUUGUCGUUGCCUUAUAUUGUUGAACCAGAAAGAUAAGUAGAGAUUUUCAUCAUCAUGUCAUUUAAGUAAGCCUCCAAUUAUGUAGAGAAGAGGAUUCAUCCACCCAUCGUAUCUUGAAGAGUCUAUCACUCAUUUACUUCGUGAAAAACUUAAUCACUCGGAAUCUCAUCUUAUUCCUUAUUCCGCAUAUUGUCUAUAGAAGAACCUGAAGCAGCAAAUGCCAUCCUCAGUAUAAACAUAAAGAAGGCAAACCAUGCUGUUCCACCAAACUCCGAACUGACCACCAGUUUUGGUGCUCUGUUUUGAAUCUUGAUCAUGAGGCAUCAUCUUCCCUGUGAUUUAAUGCAUUCUUUAUAAGCUACUGCUGUAGUAGAAGGAAGUUAUCCUGUGAGUACUCUUCUAAAAUUCAUUUGCUAUCUUUCUGCGACGCCUGCCUAGAUCACUGUUAUUUAUUUUACUGUUCGUUGAUGAUUAAUAAAUUUCUCCUGUCCAAGUCAGGGCUUAUCCUGUCUACGAUGUAUCCUCUCACAGUCUCACAUUAGUGAAGUGAAUGAGAGAAUUAUAUUACAGAGGAAUUGUCUGAUAACUCUUCAUAUUUUGUUAAAACAAGAAGCAUGUUGUGGCAUUAUUUGAGGGAAGAUUAUGGGACAGAUUACCUAAAAAAAAGCAAUGUGCCAUUCUCCUCAUUAUUAGGAAUACUGGAAGAUCUUAAUUAAAAUUUUGAUUUAACAAUUACACCCAGUUUCUGUAGCACAUAAUGACAAAGGAGAGAUUUUGCAGAAAUACAACAUGUUCAUGGCACAGAUUGGAUGUGCUGCUUUUGGUGUUUUAGCACUCUACCUAUUUGGCCCAGGCUGGCUUGCUAGGAGCACCGCACUUGCUGCAUCUGUGGCAUUUAUGAUCGCUACACAUUCAGUACAUCCACCAGGUAAUUUCAUUUUCUAGCUGAUGCUUUCUGUGUCAAUGCAGAUAUAUUGGUAUCCAUAAAGAGCAUUUCUUUGUCAAAAGGGAACAUGGAUCUUAGUACAUACUGAGAAGAAUUUAUAGCAUUGAAGAUGCAAUUAACGAAGAUAGACUAGUGGACUUAUAGUUCGGUAUAGGGCCUAACUUGUGUCAAAUGAGUUGACUCGGUUGAGUUUCUUCAAUGCCGAGUCCGUACAAGGAUCAUCACCCGAAAUAGGCAAGAAUCUCAUUCUGAAGCAGCAGAUGGACAAAGACCCUCUUCAGAAAAAUCUGAACGGGAUAGUUGAUUUCCAUUUAUAGGUUGAUCUUAACAGCUACUUUACAUUACCAGUGAGCUUAUUAUUGGUUUUUAUAUCUUCCUGGUUGCAGCUGCGGGCUUGCCCAUAAUGUUCAUUGACGGCGCAAAGUUCCACAGCCUUCACUUCUGGUAUAUAUUGUUUCCUGGGGCGACUGGCUGCAUACUCUUGUGCUUGAUCGUAAGUAGUCCUGAUUCCCAAAGCGUUGCAAAAUAUAUCUUUCCUGAGUCGUCUGCCUGCUGAGCAUUCACUUCCAUUCAUUUGCAGCAAGAAUUGGUGGAUUACCUGAAGGAGAACUACAAAUUUUGA